CGUUAAAAUAUAUACAUACAUGUAAGAUGAGACGCAGCUCUUUAAAUAUCAAACAGGACAUUUGCUUGUGAAAACUUGAAGUCAAACAUAAUUUUUAGCAUUAGUUAACGAUAGGUGGCCAUUGAGUAAUAUCCGACCAUACAUCAUUUAUGAAGAUAUAUAUUUUUGUUAAACACAGUAACCAUAGUGAUUUAUACAUGUAAAUAAAACACUUUUGAAUCAACAAUGAUAUAGGCAAACGAAUACGUUCACUUGGUGGGAUAUUUCUACGUACAACUAGCGAGGACUGACGUGCUCUGGAUUUUGCCUUGGACCCUUUGGUAAAAUAUGAAGCUGUCACAGAUAAUGUUGGACAUGAUGUCGGUGCUUUUCAUAGUAACUGGUUUUUAUUGUUUUGAAGAAAAGCUGUUAUUUUCGACUUCUUCGGGGAAAAUAAAAGAAUUGAACAUAAUAAAAGGGGAAGUGAAAGUACUUGGUAAUGCAGAAAGUGAAGUAUUUGUACUUGCAUACGAUAAUGAAGACAAAUAUGUGUAUGUUCCAAGACAGACCCAGGAGCAAAUAAUAAGAUUCCCUUAUCCAAGCAAUCAGACCACUGAGUUUGAAAUUGUUGUCUCGGAAAUUAUUCCAGGCGGGAUCGCAUUUGACUCCGAACAUAGAUAUCUAUACUGGACUGAACCUAUGGAAGGAAAGAUAAUGAGAAGUAAUACAAAUGGAUCAAAUAUAACCAGAAUUUUCAAUGACACAGUCGAACCUGCUGCACUUACCAUUGACAAAGAGAAUAGGAAUUGUAGAAAAAGAAACCAAUUUGAAGUACUCUCAACGACUUGUGUGUUCGUAUCGGCUGACAGUGUCUGCUAA